AAUGUGUAAAACCUAAAGAGUUGGAACUUCUAAAAGAUUUUAUAAAUGAAAAUCUAAAUGUUGAUUCUGCUCUGUUUCAACAACAGUUGUUAUCUCAGUUACGAAUGCUGCUUGUUCGAAUAAGAGACAGCUGUGUACAGGAAUAUCAUUUGAAAUCUAAAAACACAGAAUUUUCUUUAUGUGUUUCACAGUUAGAAUUUGUAGAGUGGCUUGCUCAGACCGCUAUCAAAAAUACUUUUCCAGGAGCUUGUUACCAGAGACGUCGACUUUCUCUUCAAAUCCUUGGUAUUUUGUAUGAUGUCUUUAUAGUAUCACCUCUUGGAAUUAAAAGGAAAGAAAAACCAUCUAAAAAUGUAAACUUGGUUAUUGAAUGGGCUCAAAAUCAUGAAUUCUGGCAUUUUUUCAAAAACAAUUUGCUGUUGAAUAUAAUUCCAUGUUUAACAGAUUAUACUGAUGAGAUUCGAGCAUUAGCUGCUGAUCUUCUAUUGGAAUAUUCCAUUUGGUCUACUAUUUCUGAUCAAAACAUUUACUUUAGCAGCAAAUAUCUUUUGAAUUAUGCUCAUACAUUGUGUAAUCAUCCUGAUUACAGAAACAAUGAUGGUGGUGCUCACCUUUACUCUAUACUAUUUGUAAAGUAAG